AUGGCUUAUGCAGUUGUGACCUCUCUAAUGAAUACUCUUGGAUUAUUGCUAAUGCAAACCAAUUCCACUCAAAAUCGUCUUCAUGAAAAGGCAGAAGCACUGAAUCCACAGAUUGAAUCCCUUCGUGAAAAAGUUCGUUCGUUGCAAGCGCUUUUAGAAACUUUGGACAACAUCAAUGAUGAUGAGUCAGUGAAGCACGGUGAAACCAAAAUAUAUGUUGCAGCACAUGAUGCUGAAGAUAGAAUUGAAUCAACCGUGGGAGAAAUUUACAAAAAGAAGAAGUUUCGAGCUUUUAAAAGCUUGUUUGAAAGCUUACGAGAAGCAUCUGAGUCAAUUGAUUCGGAGAGGAAAGAGUUGGAGAGAUGCAUGAAGAAGGGUGAUAACAAGGGAUCUCUUGAAAGCUUGCCACAAGCAUCGUCUGAGUCCAUUUAUUGGGAGAUCAAAGAGAUGAAGAAACACAUGAAGAGGGGUGCUUACAAGAGACAUCUUGAAAGCUUGCAACAAGCAUUUAGGUCCAUUAAUUCGAAGAGAAAAGAGUUGAUUGGGCGCAUGAAGAAGGGUGUGCAGGCACAACAACAUACCCAGUUUGAUCUCGCAACACUUGCAUCAGAAUUUGAAACAGAUUGCGAAAAAAGUGAUGGUGACCUAGCAGCAGAAUUCAAAAAGAAAUUGCAAAGAGGCAGAUACCUAAUUGUCAUUGAUGAUAUAUGGAGCACCAAUGCUUGGGAUGAUAUAAGUCAGUGGUUUCCUGAUUACAAAGGAAGUCAGAUCUUACUUACCACUAGGUGCGGAAAUGUAGCAAGCUAUGCUGCUCACGGUAGUUGUCCUCAUCAAAUGUCUCCUUUAAAUCCAACUGAAAGUUGGGAACUAUUUCAAGAUAAGAUUAAUGUGAAAGAACAAUUCUCUCUGGAAUUUGUGGAAAUUGGGAAAAAUAUUGUUUACAGUUGUCAAGGCCUUCCUCUAUCAAUUGUUGUAGUUGCGGGCUUCUAUCCAAAUGCAGCAAUGCACUAG